AUGGCCAUGUACCAAUCCACCAACAGGCUGGCCGGAUUGGCCAUUGCCACUCUGCUUCUUGUCGUCGUGUACUCGGCCUAUUCAAAUCCCAUCGACCGCGACACCGCCGAACAAAAAGACUCUGUCGUGGAUCGCGAGCGACAAGUCGAACAGCGACAACGUGAGCUGUCCGACCUUCGCCGCGAACUCUCCCUCCUCAAAAACGCCAGCAACACACGCGCCUACCCGGAAGUCAAGAUUCGCAAUGAAUUUGAUCGCAAGCGCAUCCUUAUCACUGGCGGUGCCGGCUUUGUCGGCUCCCACUUGGUCGAUGUCCUGAUGCGCGAUGGGCACGAAGUCACCGUCGUCGACAAUUUCUUUACUGGUCGCCGCAAAAACGUCGAGCACUGGAUCGGCCAUCCUCACUUUGAGCUGGUCAUGCAUGAUGUGGUCGAGCCGUACAUGAUGGAGUGCGAUGAAAUUUAUCACCUCGCCUCGCCUGCCUCCCCGCCCCACUACAUGUACAACCCAGUCAAGACAAUCAAAACAAACACCGUGGGCACAAUGAACAUGCUGGGCCUAGCCAAGCGCACCGGCGCUCGCGUUCUCUUGGCCUCUACCUCGGAAGUAUAUGGCAAUCCUACGGUCUGUCUCAAAGCCAUGCAAUCGAUCGCGUUUGCCAUCACCGUCCCGCUCAGGCGGAGGUGCCCGUAUGUGCACCCUCAGCCCGAAACAUACUUUGGCAACGUAAACCCCGAUGGUCCCCGUGCUUGCUACGACGAGGGUAAACGCAUUGCGGAGACCAUGUGCUAUGCCUAUUCAAAACAAAGCGGUGUCGAGGUGCGCGUGGCCCGCAUCUUCAAUACAUUUGGACCGCGCAUGCACAUCGGAGAUGGCCGCGUGGUCAGCAACUUUAUCAUCCAGGCCUUGCAGGACCAGGCCAUCACCGUCUAUGGCGAGGGGCUGCAAACACGCUCCUUCCAAUAUGUGAGUGACCUCGUGGCUGGUCUCAUUGCCCUCAUGAACUCGGACUUUGACGAACCCGUCAACCUGGGCAAUCCGGACGAGUACACCAUGAUUGACUUUGCCAAGCAUAUCAAGGAAAUCACUGGUUCCUCCUCGGAAAUUAUCCAUAAACCGGCCACCCAAGAUGACCCGCAAAAGCGCAAGCCCGAUAUCUCCCGUGCGCGCCAGGUCCUCAAGUGGGAACCCAAGGUCUCUGUGCUCGAUGGGCUCAAACGCACCAUCGAAUAUUUUCGUCACGAGCUCUCUGCGCCGACCACUCGCGACGAGAACAAGCACAGCCACGGCGUGGGUGGCCCCUAUGGUAACACCAUCGAGCUUCCUUACAUUAACGAUGAGAAGAAACCUUAG